AUGUUGGUAGCAGGCAAUAGCUAUGCCGCCAAUCAAGGCGGUUUAGUAUACAAGGCCUUCAAGCCAUAUGCAAGGCAAUUCAACAUUUUUUCUGUGUCAACUUGUGAAAUGUUUCCUCCCAACUGUAAUCGUAUCAGCUUCAACUUCACACAAAUAAUUGAAGAAUUGAAUCCAGCUGUUGUAUUCAUGAUCGACAGAUCUUUUUCUUUGAAAGUCUCGUUAAAUGUAACAGAACCAAUCGAGAAUGACAAAGUCUUCAGCUACUACCUAAAAACAUUGAAGUUUCUUGAGAAAUCAACCAAGAAGAUAUCUCUGCAGUACCUCAAAAAAGGAAAAGCACUACGCACAAUUAAAGAUGCUCUUGUAAGAAGAGACGAGUUCUUUGCCCGUCAUCGAAUAAGGGAACUUUGCAAAAGAUGUCGUAAAUGUGAGAUAGUCGACUACAUGCCAGUGCUUGUUGAUAAGAAAGGCCAAUAUCUCGGCUACGAUCCUGAGACCAAUCUCAUGUAUCUUGAUCAUGAAAACCAUUUCAAUAGAUUUGGAAAGCAGCGACUACAGAUUGUCUUUGACAAGCUGGCUGAGGAGUUCGCAUUGUUUAUGAACAAAUAA